CCAAUAAUUCACCUCCCCUGUACUUCACAACACCAACCCCCCUCUCCCCUCUCUCUCUCUCUCUCUCUCUCUCUCUCUCUAGAUGCGAAGGAGAUGAUGGGUAGGGCAACAACAGCAAAGCUAGCACUUGUGUUGGUGCUGCUCCAAGCCAUCUCCCCUCUGUUUCCCCUCACAACAACUGCAAACGAUUUCCUCUCUCCUCUCCUCUCCCCUGUUUUUGAUGGGAUCUGCAAGGAGGUGGGGUGUGGGAAGGGAAAGUGCAAGGCCUCGACCAACACCAUCGUGGGGUUUGAGUGCGAGUGCGACCAGGGCUGGACUCAGCUGCACAUCGGUGACAAUCUUCGCUUCCUUCCUUGCGUCAUCCCCAACUGUAGCGUCAACUAUUCGUGCUACAACGAUUCCUCGGCGGGGGUGCCGUCGCCGCCUCCGACUAAUGCCUCAAUCUCAGAUCCAUGCAUGUUGGCAUACUGCGGAGGGGGAACAUGUUUGAAGAGAUCAGAAUUCGACCACAAGUGCGAAUGCAAGAAAGGCUACAGCAAUCUUUUGAACAUCAACGCACUCCCUUGUUACAGAGACUGUUCUUUAGGUGCAGAUUGCGCGAACCUGGGAAUCACACUGCCGAACUCUUCCUCUCCACCUUCGCCGUCUAGUCUAUCCGAUAGCACCAACUCGCUUGCAGGAGGAGCUGUUUCGCCGAAUUAUCUGGUGGCGUUGCUUGUAUUUGCAUCGAUCGUCAUGGUUCGAGCGACAUAGCGGGAGGAGAUUGAAUGGAGCCCGAACUUGAGAUUCUUCUAUAGGGAUACAGUUGCUAGCUAGUUACAUGUUGCACAGAGCGAUGAGUCACACUUUCUUUGUUUCAGCUUUUCUGUUUCUUGUGCUUAAAUAACAGAACACUGUGUAGUGAGUUUGUAGGAUCUUGCUUUUCUGUUCUUUGUGUAUGUAUUUGAAUACUUACUGGAGACUUUAUUUAGUUUUAUGAAGGAUUUAGCAUGCUUAUCGAUA